AUGUCGGCCAUCCGGAGCGGGAGCGGUCAUAAGACCUUCUUUGCUAGUUCAGAUGAUUCAAGAAUAUGCGUGGUCAUGGUCGGUUUACCGGCCAGAGGCAAGAGUCUCAUAGCCGGAAAAGCAAUGCGUUAUCUUGCCUGGGUUGGUGUAAAAGCUCGCAUAUUCAAUGUGGGGACGUACCGCAGAAAUGCUACUCCCCAACCCAGCGCCAAUUUCUUUGACCCUCAUAACUCAGAGGGAGAGAAGAUGAGGCGCGCUGCUGCUGAGGCGGCCAUCACGGACAUGAUCAAAUGGUUCAAGAAUGGCCAAGGCGUUGUGGCGAUUCUCGACGCUACGAAUUCGACGAAGAAAAGACGCCGCUGGAUCCACGAGACAUGUCGUGAUGCCGGUAUUGAGACGCUAUUCGUCGAGUCAGUAUGUGAUGAUGAAGAACUUAUCAUGAACAAUAUCCUGGAAGUGAAAACCACAUCGCCCGACUACAAGGGGCAGGACCCUGAAGUUGCUGCUUUGGACUUUCGCAAUCGAAUUCGUAACUACGAGAAGGUGUAUGAAGGCAUCGACGAUGAUGAAAAGGAGUUUACCUAUGUCAAGCUCAUCAACGUCGGCUCUACCGUUAUUAUAAACCAGAUCAAGAAUUACUUGUCAAGUCGCUUGGUUUAUUACAUCCAGAAUCUUCACAUCAAACCCCGUUCAAUUUGGCUUUCUCGGCACGGAGAGUCGCAGUAUAAUUUGACAGGAAAGAUUGGAGGCGAUUCAAGCAUUUCUGAGCGCGGAGAAGCAUAUGCCAAGGCCCUUCCAGGCCUUCUCAGGAAGUCCGGUGUCCCACCUAACACCAAGCUUGUGAUUUGGACCUCAACUCUCAAGCGUACGAUUCAAACCGCCCGCCACCUUGCUGCCGAAACCGGUUACGAGAAGCUGGAAUGGAAAGCUCUCGACGAGCUUGACUCUGGAGUUUGCGAUGGUCUUACAUAUGAAGAAAUCGCAGAGCGGUAUCCCGAAGAUUUCGCAGCUCGAGACGAAGACAAGUACAAUUAUCGCUACCGUGGAGGAGAAUCAUAUCGCGACGUCGUGAUUCGGCUUGAGCCCAUCAUCAUGGAGCUGGAACGCAGUGAGAACGUCAUCAUUGUUACCCACCAAGCCGUCCUGCGCUGUAUCUAUGCAUACUUCCUCAACAUUCCGCAGGAGAAAAGUCCGUGGAUGGAGGUUCCUUUACAUACUCUGAUCAAGCUCACACCUCGCGCAUACGGAACCGAGGAGAAGCGCUUCAAGGCUGAUAUCCCUGCUGUUUCAACGUGGCGUGCUAAGGGCACAUCCGCAAAACACCAGGACUAUACCACUGAAGUGAAGGCUUAA